GUCAACGCAAAAGGUUUCCAUUGGGUCAAGUAAGUAAUAAUGGUAAGGAUUGGUCCAAACUCUAUGAAAAGUGGCCAAAUCAACAAAUGUAUCUUUGAAUACUGAAAAUUAAGCAGUCUAACCUGACCCUGAACUCACGUUACCCUCAAAAAAGCUUAAAAGGAAAAACUUAAGAAUUAGGUAGUUGGAGUCAUUGAAGAGUAAGAGUGAGACCCUGCCCCUGCCCCUGCCUUGUCAUCUUUUGGCAUUUGCUAUUGAUUUUCACAAUCCUUAAAUAUCAGGCUAGUUGAGCAUAUUUGCCAAAAGCCAGAAAGCUAAUAACAAAUCUUAGCAACAUGACAUUCCACAUUUCCAAUAUCUUUGCUAGUUCAUCAUCACUAUCACUAGUAUGGGCAACCAUUUUCUUCUUCAUCAUUCCACCCAAGUUGGAUAACACCAUUUUCUUAUUAGUAAAAGCUUCUCAAUAUGAAUCAUCAUCACCAUCACAGGCACCAGCACUAGCACCAGCGCCAGCGCCAAACAGUGUCACUGCUAAUCUCAAAGAACCACAACUGGAUUCUCUGUUUCAAACCAGUUGGUGUAAGGACAAACAGUUGUUUAACAAAAGCAUGCACUAUUAUUGCAACCAGCGAGGUAUCACUUGUGACCAUGCUGGCCACAUUACUGAAAUUCGUCACUACAUGUUUGAUGAUGAUGAAUAUUCAGAGAGAAAAGGAAUGCUCCAGAACUUCAAGGCGUCUUGCUUUCAACACUUAGUUCAUCUGGAUCUUUCGUGUGCAAGACUCAAGGGCGUUAUCCCACCGGAAAUAGGUGCUCUUACAAAGCUCACCUACCUUGACCUUUCCAACAAUGCUCUUACAGGUCAGUUACCUCUUUCACUAACCAACCUUUCCAAGUUAGAGAAACUUUAUCUCAUGCAUAAUCAACUCAACGGUUCCAUUCCUCAAAAACUUGGCAACUUGAAGAAUUUGGUUGGGUUAAACUUGGGCAAUAACAAGUUAAAUGGUGCAAUCCCUUCAUCUAUUGGUAUGCUGAUCAACCUUACUGAGUUAGUAUUGAGAGAAAAUCAAAUUAGUGGCUCCAUUCCUACCAGUAUAGGAAACUUAAAGAAUCUACUACAACUUGAUCUAUCUUAUAACAGCCUCAGUGGUUCACUCCCCUCCAAUCUUUUUCAAUUAACCAAAUUAACCCAUCUUGAUAUUUCAUUUAACCAACUCAGUGGUGAUAUCCCUAAAGCUUUGGGUAAUUUAACUAAUUUAACCUCCCUAUCUCUUUCCUCAAACAAGUUAUAUGGUGCAACUGCAAUCCCUUGGUCUAUUGGUCAUUUGAUCAAACUUGCUUAUUUAUAUUUGGACGGAAAUCAAAUUAGCUCCAUUUCUAUCAGUAUAGAACAACUGGAGAAUUUACUAUAUCUUAACUAGAUACUCAUUGUUUAACAUAACAAACUCAAUGGUUCUAUCCCUGAUGUUUUGUUUGAAUUAACCCAUUUGUCAUUUCUAUCUCUUUCCUCAAACCAAUUAACUGGUUCCAUCCCUUUAGAAUUUAAAUUUUUGAGGAAUUUGAAUGAUUUGAAUCUAAGUUUUAAUCAGCUCAAAGGUCCAAUUUCUCCAUCUUUAAGUGCUUUAGCAAGCAUAUCUCGUCUUGACUUAAGCUCAAACAGAAUUAGUGGUUCCAUAGAUGCAGAUAUUGUAGGUCUUUCAAAUUUGAGGUUUCUAGAUCUAUCAGAUAACUGUAUAUCAGGAAUUUUACCUUAUCAACUCGAUAACAUGAGCACUUUAUUGAAAUUUGAUGUUUCACACAACUCUUUACAAGGGCAAAUAAGUAAUGAGCUUCUUCGUAAAUAUUCAUAUGAAUCUUUUACUGGAAAUAAGGAUUUAUGUAGUGAUACCAACCAUUUCUUCCCUCCUUGCCGCACUAAGAAGAGCUUCAUCGACACAAUUAAAAUUGUUGUUACCAUCUCAAUUUUCUUUGCCAUUUCUGGGUUUUGUGUGGUCUUUGAAAUUUGGCUAAAGAGAAGAAAAGUCCAGCCUCCAAGUGAUCAAACAGCGAUGAAGAACGGAGACAUGUUUUCAAUAUGGAAUUACGAUGGAAAAAUUGCAUUCGAAGAUAUCAUACGAGCAACUGAAGACUUUGACAUUAGAUAUUGCAUCGGAACUGGUGGUUACGGUAGUGUGUAUAGAGCACAACUACCUAAUGGCAAAGUAAUUGCCUUGAAAAAGCUUCACAGUUUCGAGGCUGAACACUCAACUCUGAGACACAGCUUUUCUAAUGAGGUUCAAACAUUGACUGAAAUACGUCAUAAAAACAUUAUUCGACUCCAUGGAUUUUGUUUGCACAAGAGGAGCAUGUUUUUGAUUUAUGAGUACAUGGAAAGAGGGAGCUUGUUCUGUGUGUUGAGUAAUGAUACAGAGGCUGUGGAUUUGAGUUGGAGCAAAAGGAUUGAUGUCAUCAAAGGCAUAGCUUAUGCAUUAUCUUACAUGCAUCAUGAUUGCAUUCCUUCAAUUGUUCAUCGUGAUGUAACUACCACCAACAUCUUUUUAAACUCACAACUAGAGGCUUUUCUCUCCGAUUUCGGUACAGCUAAGCUACUAAGAUCCGAUUCUUCCAAUCGGACCAUGAUUGCUGGUACUUAUGGAUAUAUUGCUCCUGAACUUGCUUACACUACGGCUAUAACUGAAAAAUGUGACGUUUAUAGCUUUGGAGUUGUGGUACUUGAAACUUUAAUGGGUAGAAAUCGUCAAGAAAUGUUAUCAUUGUCAUUAUCUUCAUCAUCAAGUACUCAAAAGAUGUUGCUAAUAGAUAUAUUAGACAAACGCUUGCCUAGACCAACAAGUGGGGUUGUAGCACGAGAUGUUGUUCUUGUUGCCGCAAUUGCAUUUGCAUGUCUAAAUGUCAAACCACAGUGUCGACCAACAAUGAAGCAUGUGUCUCAGCAAUUUCUUGCUCGCAAAGGAUUAUUAGCCAAGCCUUUUGCUGAUUUAUCGCUCGGGCAGCUUAUUGUCCCAAAUAAGGUCUUUGUCGAUGUUAGAAUGGAUCAAAAUGGUGAAAGUUAAUUUCAAUUAAUAU